CGACAACAAAGAAACAGCCAGGAUAAUCCCUUUUUCAGUUCAAAAUCAGCCGGGCCUAUGGUAAAAUAUUGAACUACACUCCAAAUCUAGUAUGAGCCACUUAAUUUCUGGCGAUGUGGAAGCAUCCCAGCAGGAACCACUUUUGAAUUUAGAAAUUGCUCCUCCUCCCGAGAGCAAUCGCCAAAUCUAUGUUGGUAGUGGGGCUGAGGGCGGCGACGGUUGCGAUGAAGUUGGCCAGUAUAUCCAUGGCCCGCAUUCCCUCAUUCUUCCUGAACUUUCCGGCGUGUCAUCCGCCUUGAUGUCCUCCCCGGGACAGACCAAACCUCUGGCUUUUGCAACGACAACACCUCUGCUCAUCAAGCUUGUGCUCCCGAUACUAAUUUUGUCGACACAUGGUUUGUUCUUGUACGGCCAGAUAAAGCCCAUGUGGCGACUAACACAAAGAGUUCAUGUCGAUGUUUGGGCCAACGCGACGAGCACUGAAGCGCGCGUCGCAGUAGACACCCUAAAAAUUCCCCACGAGAAUGAAUAUAAUUUACAUCAGGUAAAGAACAUACGCACGUUUACCUAUGCCUACGCGAUUCAAGAACUUUGGAAGGCGAAGCAUAUGCCAGGCAAGCUACUACCUCGAAUUGCGGCCGUUCUGUUGGGGAUAUUUUCCGGACUUUGGCCGCAUCUAAAACUCGUGCUUCUCAUGUUGACUUGGUUCUUGGCUAAGCAGCCCAUCAGGCGCAAAAGAAUUUUGAAUGCUCUAUCUGUUUUAGGAAAGUGGAGCCUGGUCGAUGUGUUGGUGGUGUGUGUCAUGGUUGGUGUUCUAAAUCUACAAUGGGAGAUUCGUGCAGAGACCAUCCAGCAAGGUGUAUUAGACAAUCUACCCAUUGUCGCUCAAGGAAUAUCAACCUUGUAUAAUUCUCAGGAUAUCUGUUCUCAAGCCCUUCAUUAUUCUUGUCAAAAUCCUUCAAAGCUCAAACACAAAAUACAAUGUCAUGCCUGUCUGACAACAGUAGAGACUUUCUUCAAAUAUCCUCUUUCCUCGGGCAAACCCAUCUUAAAAGGGUUUUCAACGUCGGGAGGAGGAGAAGCUGAGCUCUUUGUUGCCGGUUUGAAUGGCAUCUACUCCUUCUGUGGGGCCGUUAUUCUUUCUAUCCUGCUAAGCCUGGUUGUGGAUUGGUAUGAUCAUAGAGCUCGAGAUCACGAAUUCAAUAACACUGCUUUUGGACCAGGACGUGGCCGCCUCAACACCGAAGAGCAUGACUCAAUAGCUCCCGAAGUUUCUGGGACUCUUUCCCAAGACCAUGAAUUGCUUUUAAGUUUGACCGUUCCUUGCGGUGUUGAUCACAGAUCCGAUGCCGAUAGAGAACUGGACCGCCAAAUCUUGGAAUCUUCGCGUUCGAGAUCUCGCUGGAUUAGUACCACAGCAUCUACGCUGACUGCAUUUUUUAUCUUGGCGGCAGUUACAUCAACAACGAUGCAGCGCAUGGUUAAUGGUGCGCUUCCUAGCCUCUUGCACGAUAUCCUCGGUGUGGAAUGGACAAGAUCAUACAGCUUCCUACAGCUUGCAAAAACGUUAGGAGCUGCCGGUGGCUGGGAUUGGCUUCUCAUGGGUACUUUUGCCCUCUUCAUCGUGGUCGGUCCUUUGAUCCGUUCGCUUUUGUGUUUCAUGGUUUUCAACAAGAAGCAUGAAGAGGGGAGCUCUAUUCGGAGAAGAGUCGGACGCAAAACCUUGGCAGCCGUUGAGUUUAUUGGUGCAUUUUGCGCAUGGGAGGUCUUUGUUGUAGCAGUGCUCAUGGUCGACCUACUCAUGCCUGCUAUUACUUCAACAAUUAUUUUGGAUCAGCGAUGCUCUGAGUUGACCAAUGACUCGACAUGUUUGGAAGUCAAGUUUGAAAUGCUCUACACAUUUGGGUGGGUAGUAAUGGGUGGUGUCUUCCUUGUGUUGGUGAGUCAACGCAUAAGACUCGCUCAUUCGGUACAUUAGGACAUACGCUGUAACCUACUUCUCCCACACGAAAAUACAUAAAGAUACUGUGC